CUCUCUCUCUCUUUCAUUUUUUUAAUCAGAAAGUUUCAAUCUUUUUCUAAAACAAAUUAUUGGGCAGCUUUGUUGUACAACCUUUUUGCAAUUCAAAUCUUCACUUCUUUCACUCUCGUGAAGCAACUCUACUAUGACCCUUCCAUUUGACUAAAACAACUAUCUCUUUCUCUAGCUCCAUUCAUUAGACCAAACCACAACAUUUCAUGGGUACAUGUUUGAGUAAGAAGAAAGGAUCUUCAACCACUACCACUCUAGCUGAAACCAAGUCAUCCACAACAACAACUGUUCUGUUUGAGUGGAAGAACAAUUCUUCUCAGAAUGGCGUCACAAAACCCAAAAUAGAAACUCAGACAGAAGUGAAUCUGAAGAAGGAGAAUAGUAAGAAAGCACCACAGAAACAUGAUUGUUCAGUACAAGAACAUAAAGGGCAAGCGAAAAAAGAGAUUUUUAUCAUCAAACACAGGAAGAGCCAUGAUGCUAAUACUGAAUCAGGUGAGUUAAUGGGUGUGAGAACUUCAAGUGUUACUAAAGAUGAUGUAGAUGCAAUUCUUAUACAUUGUGGUAGACUCAGCAGAAAUUCUUCUGUUGGGGAGCAUAGGAGAAGAUUCUCAGGUUCAAAGAAAAGUAAUGAUUUUGAUAACUUUGACAAUGAUUUGAAGGCGAGUGAUUUGCAUGAGGAUGAUUGGAUGGAACCUGCAGAGAAAAUGAUCCUACAAUCUCCAAGGUCAACUUCACAAGAUAGAAAUAGAAAUAGAGUAAGAAGAAGACAACAACAAUGUUCUAGCAGGAGAGAGAGGAGAUUUAGUAUAUCACCUGUAAGAAGAUCUUCAGAUACAACUACAACCAUCAAUGCAAGAAACAAAAACAUCAAGCCUGCAAAAAUGGUAUCUGUUCCUGCUACUGUUUCAUCCCUUGUGAUGGGUAAGAGCAAUGACAAUGGUUGUGAAGGUGGAGAGUCUACAACAGCUACAACUGGUAUUAAGAGGAUUACAGUUAGGAGAAAUGUCGGUGCAGCUUCACCACGUUCUCAAUCUCCUGCAAGAGCAAAUGGGAAUGCAGCAAAUCAACCAUCUCUUAGCCGCAACUCCUCAAGGAAAGCAGAAGAAUCACCAUACAGAAGAAAUCCAUUGAAUGAGCUUGAACCUAACACUUUUCCUAUUCCACAUUCAACAACCAACGAUAACAGCAGCCGGUUGGAAAAUAUAUCCAAGAAGGAAGCUGAAUUUGAAGCUAAUAAGAAACCAAAUGUUAGCAGAAUUGAAUUGGACAAGGGUGAAGAUCUGAGUUACAAGCCAAAAUUGCAACAAGAGGAAGAUGUCAAAGUGAUAUCUUCAAUAACUGAUAAUGUUGUUGUCAAGACAGAGGUGCCACAAGGGGUUGAAAACCACAAACCCCAGACAUUAUCAAGAAGCCGAUCUUUGAGGCGAUCACGAGACUUAGAGUUAGAUCUCAACCAUGAAGCUCUAUCGAUUCCUCCACAAUCCUACACCUCCCUACUGCUUGAAGAUAUCCAGAACUUCCAUCAAAAGAACACACAACCACCACCCUUUUCUCUCCCAGCUUGUGUCACCAGAGCUUGCUCUAUCGUUGAAGCUGUUGCUAAUCUCAAUUCCAAUAACAGCUCCAACUUGUCUGGUGUAGAGGACAGGAGAAAUCCACCAAGUUAUCAGUCUAGUAGGAAUGAAUACAGUGUUCCAUUGGGUUCUAGAAAGGAUCCAAUUGUAGAGUCUGAGUUACUUGUUUAUGAUGAUAUGGUCGAAUCGAGCUUACAUAAGUAUGUGACAGUGAAUAGGGGUGGUUCAGACAUGGACGACCAAGAAGAGUCUUCAGGAAGCAACAACUUAACUGUCAGUAGUGCGAAACAGCGGCAUGGCAUUUCUUCUUCUUCUUGGGAACCCAGUUCUACUGAUUCAAAAGAUCGUUGGACUGCUAGAUUGAACAACUGCAAAGAGGAGGAUCUGAAAGGUCCAUUACGCUCGCAAAGAAGGGUGUCUUCUGUAGCAGGACGUGCGAACUUGGAUGGAGCAAAGAAGAAAUUGAACAGCAAAAAGAGAGAGUGUGAUCGUCAGCAUCACGAUGAAUCGGGACGUGGCAGGCUUGGUGCCAAUAAUGUCCAUCACAUGAAACCAGUUGUCACAGCAGCUGCAGUCACAUAAAUGAAUUCACCUCCAUCUUUUGUCAUUAAUAGACCAAUGGGUUUGACAUUCCUUCUGUUUAGUGUUGCACACUCUGCAACCAGAUUUCAUUUAAUUAAGGUCCAUGUAAACAAUGUAUGUCGUUCCUGUUUCACUUUAACAACAUUAUGUUUCUCUAUCUCUUCAAAUAAUAAAUGUAUAAGAUAGAUCAGUAACUUUCAGUUACAAUGGGCUUGUAGUAUCCUAAUUGCAGAUACAAUUUUGCUAUAUUUGUUCUUCCAAAUCCAAUAACACUAAUGUAAAAGAAA